AUGGCUAAAACCAUCUUAGAUGAUGAAGCCGAGCAAGAAAUAAGCAAGAUUCUGCUCUCAAAUAAUACAAUCCAUAGGCAAAUUAUGGAUUUAUCUGCUGAUAUAGAGGAAAAUGUACAGAACAAAUUUCAGGACUCAGAAUUUGCUCUACAGGUUGGUGAAUCAACUGACAUUAGCAACAAAGCACAAUUACUUACAUUUAUUUGCUUUUGUGAUGGUAACCAAAUCAUAAAUCAGUUCUGUUGUUGCGAAGAAAUACCACUUACUACAAGAGGUCAAGAUAUUUUUGACAUUUUAUCUGCCUGCCUUGUAAAAUGGAAUUUAUCCUGGAAUUCAUGUGUUGGAAUAUGUACCUAUGGGGCACCAUCUAUGAUAAGCUCUAUUAAAGGUUUUGUAUUGCUCGUACAACAGCAAAAUCCUAAUGUUAUAUGUACUCAUUGCUUCCUACAUAGGGAGGUACUAGUUUCAAAAACAAUACCAGUUGAGUCAAAGCAAGUAUUAUACCAAGUUGUUGAAAUGGUUAAUUAUAUUCAAAGUCAGCCAUUGAAGUAG